AUGACUACAACGCAAUCUAAUAAUCGAUGGGUUUGCUUUAAUUAUUUUAUAAAUCUGUUGUUAAAAAAUUAUUUUGAUGAUGAAGUAUUGAAUGGCUUAACCUCAGACAGGAUAUACGUUGAUUUCAAUAGCGACGAAAAUAUAAGUAAUUAUGGUAAAUUUAUAGAUAAUGCAAGAAUAACUAACAAAUGUCCUGAAUUUGAUACAAUUUGUAAAAAAUUUGCAAGGAAUUUAGAUAAUAUAUUAUUUAAGAAGCAUGAAGAGAAAACCAUGAAUUAUUGCAUAUUACUUAAAUAUUGGAUGUAUAAUGAAAUAAAAAAAAAGUGUAAAAAUGAUUAUAAGGAUAUUGAAUUGAUUCCAUUUGUUGAAAAACUAAAAAAUAUGCAAUACAAUGUUAAAAAUGGAGAAGAAAUCAAAUUUGAAUGUUACGAUAAUUAUGAUGAUUAUAUGGGAAAUUGGGAGGAAGAAAAAGAUUUAUACGAAUAUUUUAUAAAUUUUGAUGGAAUUAGUAAAAAUAUUAAAACUAGAGGAAAUGAAAAUAAGUAUAAUGAUUUUUUGAAUCAUAUUAAAGUUUUAUAUAAAAGGAAAAAAGAUGAAGAAUGUUGUUGUCAUGUUAAUUAUCAUCAUCUUUGUGAUCAUUAUUUUAAUUGUGAUUCGAAGUAUGAUCCUGGAGAGCUCUUAUCAAUAUUAAAAAACGGAGCUGCAAAACCCCAUGAAGAAUUACUAUCUAAAAAUGGAAGUGAUGCCCAUUUAAAAACAAAUGGUAAAUGCAGGCCUGUCAGUGGAAAAUCAGAAGCCGAAAAUAAGGAUGUUCUCCGUAAGGUUCCAAUUGGAUACAAUAAAAGUAGAAGGAAGUAUAUAACUAGAAUUAUGAAUCCUAAAUGUAUUGUGAAUUAUGUAGCUAAGGAUAGUGGUUAUGCAUUGGUAUCCUGUUAUAGCUUUAAUAAGGGACACCCAAAUGUUGAACAUAUAUUUAGGCCCGUAGAAGAAGAGGACAAAAUUUUAUCUAGUGAAUCCGAAGAAAAAGGAAAAUUUAUUACCAAAAAAUUAAAAACUUUUGUAGGCAUACCUCCAUAUUUACAAGGUUACCGUGAGCUAGGUAAAUUCAUAAAUGAUAAAUCUCAAGAGUCAAAUAGAAGAUACGAAUUUGGUCGUAAAGUGGCAUAUGAAUUUUCAGGAAUAGGUAAAAAACAAAAUUGGGCAGAAAUUGACGAUACCAUAACUUGUCCUUACACUAUAAUAAAAGAUGAAAAAAGGGAAUGUGUAGCAGAAGAUAAACUAAAAGAAAUUAAAAUAUUUGAAGAUGAUGAAGGAAAAAAUUCAAGUACAGCUGUUAGUAUUACAAACAUACCGCAUAAGGCAACAUCCGAAGAUUCAGAGCAGGCAUAUGAUAUAUAUAAAACCGGUGUUUUUCGUGUUGCUACGUUAUCCGUGUUAUUAAUAGGAAUAAUUUUCGUUUUCUUUGUUUAUUAUAAGUUUACCCCAUUUGGAAAGUGGAUUUCUAACAAAAUGUCAAAAAAGAAAAAUAUUAAGGAAGAAAUGAAUAUGGAUUUUAAGAAAAGUGCCCCAAAGCGAUAUAAGCAAAAAUCAUCAAACAAUCCUAUAAGACCAAUUAAUAAAGUUCCCCCUAAGAAAAAAGUGCAUAUAGCCUAUCAAGUUUGA